AAUCAUCCGAAGCACCGAACACAUACUCCAGGAAACGUCCUAUUCUCAUCAUGGAUCUUUCCGAAAAAGAAUCCGCAAAUGGAGACUUGCAAACAUUCUCGUGCUUUUCAAGGCUUCCUCUCGAGAUCCGUCAUAUGAUAUGGGAGUGCCUAAUCUCCAUACAACGACACCUGAGGAUAGAAGGCCGUUUCGGAAACCCGACAAAGAUCGUGUCUAUAUCAAUCUCUCAAGGUUCAUUUCUCUCUCAAGUCUGCUCUGAGAGUCGAGAAGUCCUUUCUCGUAUUAGCUCGUACCAGGCCGCAACAGAUGGUGAUGGAGCUUCCGCUAGUCGACAUGUUGACACCGUUCUAAUGACAACGUUGGAUGCACCUGUACUGGAAAUGUUCUCUGUCUUAGCAACCGGUGUCGAUUGUAUUGCUAUACCACGGCCCGUUGGAGGUCAGUUGCAGGACCUCCAUCUGGCUCUACAGAAGAGGGUAGCUGCUGGUAAUCGACCGGUAAAGGCGGUUUACACUGCAAUUUCAACAUACCUUCAGGAUCAGUGGUUACCGAGACAAGAGGAUCACCCCAUAACAUCAGCCUCUGACUUCAAGGUCAUUGCUGACGACGAUGAGGAAUUACUCCCAGACUUUGAUCUGGGGUAUUUCUACGUUAGAGGCGGCAGGUCUUUUGUGGCAAAACUAGCCUUCCUCUCCUAUCUCAACGGAUUUUGGGAACAUGAUCGAAUUGCAAAGGAGCUACGCUCGACCUGGCAGGGACUUGCUUCGAAAGACGGCAUCACAGCGCCUGUGUUGAAACCGGCCAUGAUCUUGACGUGUGGUACCAGAAAGCAUUGAGUUUACCGAUAUAGCGAGAUAAAAUAUCAUUAGCGGGGAGCAAUGGUUCCAUUGAAUCGGUUGAUCUAAAGCUACAUGAUGAAGUUUUGGAUUGACUGGACCUGAGCCAAAUUGAUAGAAGCCAAACAAGAUACUAACGGAGAUCUUUUGGGAACAGGCAAAAAGAGCCAACGAAGAAAGAGACCAACGCCA